AUGCUAGCUAAAAUGAUCAAAGAAGAGGUGUCCUCCGCUGACGUUCCUGGAGCUGUUGGCAGAAACACCUCAUUUGAGAUCAAGAUAAACGGCACUCUGGUCUACAGCAAGCUCUCCAAGGGCAGUUUUCCUAACUUCGACGACGUUGUGGCCGCUGUCAGGGAAGUAGCUGAAGAAGCAGAGUGUGUCGGAACCGUGGGCAGACGCUCCAGUUUUGAAGUGGUGUUGGACGGGACCCUGAUCUACAGCAAGCUACAGUCUGGCGGCUUCCCUCAGUUUGAGGAUGUUGUGAAGGCUAUUGAGGCUGUAAAGAGUGGAGCUUCCAUACCUGCUAUUGGUCAGCAGUCUAGUUGUUCUAUCAUGUAG